AGCGAACGCACCACGUGCUCCUUCAUGUGUUCAGCAUGGCGAACUGGACUCAGGAGGACGGUGCUGCGAAACCCGUCACAAACCCCUCGAAUGUGUCCACAAUAGCGCAGACAUCUAGCGGAGAUGUGACGGCCAGACCCGGGGGGAAUCCUGCGGUGGUUCCGUGUCUCAUUCCGUCGUUCGCGGGCGCGGUGAAGCUCCUGAACGCGCAUUACUCGUGCCUGGUGCUCGACACGCACCGCAGACACAUCGCGCUGCCGCCCGUAUACCUGCGGAAGAAGAGGCUCGGCAUUCAGGAGGAGCUCAACGCAGAACUGCUCAAGUACUCCUGCAGUUUGAAUGGGGUUCCUAUGGCGUAUGACAACAUUAAAAUAGUAGGACAACAUGGAGACAUUUAUGACGAUCAAGGAUUCAUUCACUUCAACAUCGAGGCGUCGUUCGUGAUCUUCAAACCGCAGAUAGGGUCGAAGCUCGUGGGUGUGAUUAAUAAAAUGGCAGUGGGUCACGUGGGCUGUGUGGUCCACGGUUGCUUUAACGCAUCAGUGGUGAAGCCCAAUCUGCUGAGCCCGGAGCAGUGGCGGGACUCGGGCCUGAGUGUUGGACAGAGCCUGGAGUUCGAGGUCUUCAAGCUGGACGCUGAAGCUGCUGGUGUCCUUCUCAUCAGAGGACGGCUGGACAAAUCCAGAGUGCAAGAGCUCGUGACCCAAACCGAACAAAAGGAAUCAAUUGUAGAAUCCUCUACAGAACCAGAACCCACAGAAGACAUGACCGUCAGUGCAAAACCCAAGAAAAAGAAGAAAGACAAGCGUGAGAAGGAGUGUGUGAACGACUGCAGCCUGCAGCCAACGUCAGACAACAACCAAACCACUGCGGACACAAUGGAGGUGGACUCCAAUGCAAACGGACAUCACAAAGAGAAAAAGAAGAAGAAGAAAAAAGACAAAGAAGACAAGAUCUCAGCCCCUGAGCUCGCGGCGAGCGACUCCAGCGGGUAUUUAAGCGAUAAAACCAGCAGAAAGAGAGCGGCGGAGAGAGAAGACGCCUCUGAAUUAAUGCCUGCUGCAAAAAUGAAGAAGAACAACUAGUGAUUUCUGUCACAGAGCAUUUAAUGAACUCAAAAACUUUGUGAGAUUUAUAUUUACAGAAUAUAAUAAAUGAUUUUUCCUCUGGAGUAUUUGCAUUUUAUAUGUCCACCUGAAGAGGGCAGCAUCACUCUUAGAGAAAGAAAGGAUCAAUUGAAAGAAAGGUUCUGUAGAGAACUUUGGGGUUUUUGACUCUAUUUUAAAGAACCCUCAAUGCCAAAAAGGUUUUAUAAGGAGAAAUGUCUUAAAUUGUUGCAUAAUACUUUAACGUUUAAUGGGAUAUAUAAUUUUUUUAUAGUGAUAAAGUCUGUGUACAAGCUUCUUAAUUCAGAACAUUUAAUUAAUAUUAAAAAUGAAUUAAAACUAAAUCCAUAAAAUGCUUCCAUUUUGGGAACUUCUAUAUAAAACCUUUUCUUCUAAGACUGAUCUUUAAGCUGAUUCAAAACUCAGGAUCUUAUACAAUUUGGUGUCAGAAAUAUGACCACCUUUCUGACUUCCGUUUUAUUUUUGUUUUAAUAAAAGUUUUUU